ACAGAAAAAUGAAACUAAAGACACGCGUUUGCAAAAGAAAUUCAGCUAAAAUAGCGGAAAAUCCACAAGAGCGGAAUAAACCAUUAAAUAAUUAUCCCCUGAGCUGUGUGGACUGGAGCAGUAACGAGGAGAUCUACUUUGUCAGCGAUGAUCGUCAGAUUUACAAGUGGAACGAUGUGAGUCGCGAUACCGUGGAGGUGGCGAAGCUGCCGGAUGACUUUAUACCCACGGAUAUGCACUGGCUGCUGUUGGGUGGCCGCAGCAGUGGCGGCGGCAAGGGCAGUGAUACGCUGCUCAUUUGCAGCAACGACGGACGCUUCAUCAUAUUGAACAAGAGUGCGCGGGUCGAGCGCAGCAUUUCCGCCCACACGGCGGCAAUUAGCUCGGGUCGCUGGAGUCCCGAUGGCGCUGGCCUCUUGACCGCCGCAGAGGAUGGCGUCAUCAAGAUCUGGUCGCGAUCCGGCAUGCUGCGCUCCACGGUCAUACAGAGCGACGAGCCGAUCCGCUGUGCCCGCUGGGCGCCCACCUCAACGGCCAUUGUGUUCAGCCAGGGUGGCCACAUCUCCAUCAAGCCGCUGGCAGCCAAUAGUAAACUGAUAAGGGUGAGUUGUGGAGGUCAAAUCCGUUACUUUGAUUAUCCAUUUCAGUGGCGGGCCCAUGACGGUCUAGUGCUGUCUCUGAGCUGGUCGGGGCAAUCGAACAUCAUAGCCUCUGGCGGUGAGGAUUUCCGUUUCAAGAUCUGGGAUGCCCAGGGCGCCAGUCUGUAUACGAGUGCGGCCGAGGAGUAUGCCAUAACGUGCGUGGCCUUCAAUCCCGAGAAGGAGUACCUGCUGGUGGGCACCUUCAACAUGCUCAAGCUGUGCCACAGCACGGGCUGGUCCUACAGCAGUGCACGCUUCACGGCGCCGAGUGUGGGCUCCUUUUACGUCUUGUCCUGGUCGGCGGAUGGCACUCAGGUGGCCUGUGGCACUGCCACGGGGCAGCUGAUUGUCGGCUACGCCGUGGAGCAGCAGGUCAUUUCGCGCAACCUGAAGGCAACGAGCACGGGUCGCAAAUGCAUUGCGCUCCAGGACAUCGCCAAUGGCAGCAAGGAUGUGCUGGAGUUUCCGCAGCGGGUCAUCAACUUUGCCCUCGGCUAUGGCCAUCUGGUGGUAGCCACCACCCAUCAGCUACACAUCUAUAACGAGAAGUACAUCAACACCCCGAUCAUCAUCGAUGGCCGCAACGAUGUGCGCGUCAUUGAGGUGGGCAAGAAGUACUUCAUGGUGCUGGAUGCCGCCUCGAUAUGGGUGUACACCUACACGGGCCGUCUGCAUCUCAAUCCCCGCUAUCCAGGCUCGCAGGCGCAGCUCCCGCUCCUCAACUGGCGCUCCAUUUCCCUGGGCCUCGAUGUGCUAGCCAUCAGAGACAAUUCGGAGACCUCGCUGCUGCAUCUCUUCGAUCUGAUUCCGGGCGCCUCACGGCAAUAUGAGCCGCAGUCCCUGCGAGCCAAGCAGCAGCUGGCCGAGAUCGCUGCCUGUCGCGCCGGCAGUCCGGACGAUCAGUUCAUCGCCUUCAUUGAUACCAAUCGAGAGCUGUACAUCAGCGAGACACGAAACAUUAGCGGCAACUCCUCGACAGAUCGCACGGCCAAUGGCUCUGACGAGAUCUACAAGAUCGGCACCCAGCUGACAGCCAUCAGGUGGGCCAGCGAGACGAACAUCUUAGUAGGUGUGCACGACUCCUGCUACAGCAUCUGGUACUGUCCUGGCGAGGGCUCUGCCGAUCCCACUAUCAUCGCCCUGACCACCAUCACACUGGACACAGCUGAGUUUGGCAAACACGUAGCCAUCGAUAGUUUUGAGGAUGCCGUGAUCACCUUUCGCUGCGCUGGAGCUCUGCUGCCGGUAAACGUGAACAUCUACUGCGAGGUGUUGCAUCGCACUCUGCAGGAGGGUCAGUGGCAGCAGGCGCUGAGGAUCUGUCGGCUGGCGCAGCACACGAGUCUGUGGGCCACCCUGGCCGCCGUCGCCACGCGCAAGCAUCAGCUGCAGCUCAGCGAGGAGGCCUACUCGGCUGCCCUCCAGAUCGACAAGGUGAGCUAUCUGCAGUACCUGAAGACGUUGUCGCCCUCGAGCGCCGAGCAGAUGGCCGAGAACUCGCUGAUGCUGGGUCGCUUGCUCGAGGCGGAGACCAUACUGCUGCACAAUCGCAAAUAUGAGCAGGCCGUAGCGCUGGCCCUGCGUAUGCACAACUGGAAGCGGGCACUCGAAAUAGCACUGAAACAUCAGGCGGAGCAGCCCGAUUUGGAGCUCGUGCAGCGCGUGCUGCGGGAGCGACAGCGCUACCUGAAAGCCCUGCAGCGCGAUGAGUGGGAAGCACUAUAUCUCAGUCAAAUCAAGGACGGUAAUAUUAGUGAAUAAAGAUAAUGAACUCAA